GGAUCUUUUUAAAAAAGCUCAGAUGAAAUUUUGAUUUGUUUAAGGAAACAACAAACCUUCAAAUGAAAGCAUCAAAAAACCUGCAACUUUAGUCAAUACUUGAACUUGAAAAUUCAUUUCAUCAUUUUUUGUGAAACUUUUAACCACCAAUUGUUAUGACAACAAAUUAUUUUUUAAACUUUUGCCCAGUGCUUUUAAUCAUCUUAGCAGCCCUGUUACCCGUGAUUCAUGGGGCUGUGAACAGUGAAAGACCUCUUUACAACAUUGCUCAUAUGGUUAACUCAAUCAAAGAGAUUGAUACUUAUUUAAGUCGCGGUGCCAAUGCCAUUGAAGCGGAUGUUUCUUUUUCACUCAACGGAACAGCGUUGUACACUUUCCAUGGAUAUCCAUGUGAUUGUUUUCGUCAUUGUACUGAGCGAGAAGAUAUUGAAACCUAUCUCGCUCACGUCCGUGAAAUAACAAAACCAGAGAAUCCAAAUUACAAAAAACAAUUGGCUCUACUGUUUCUUGACCUCAAAAUUUCAUCAUUACCUGCCUCUGUCAAGGCCAACGCUGGAAGUGAUUUAGCUCAAAAAGUGGUUUCAAAUCUAUUUGAAUUUGGAAAAACAACAUCUAAAAUUAAGCUUCUCUUGUCCAUUGGUCAUGUUUAUGAUUAUGAUUUUGUGCUUGGAUUUCAAAAUGAAUUGGAAAGCAGUGAAAUGGACCAUUUAAAUAGUAAAAUCGGUUGGGAUGUUGGUAUGAACGAUAAAGUUUCAGAUGUAAUUGCAAUGUGGCAACGGAUUGAGAUUGUUAAAAAUAUUUGGCUUGGAGAUGGUUGCUCAAACUGCAUUUCACCGUUUUACAAUCUUGGGAGGUUGAAUGAAGUUGUAUCUAAAAGAGAUUUGAGGAGCGGUAUGGUUCCAGAUCCAGUGAUUGACAAAGUUUAUCAUUGGACAAUUGAUUUUCAUCAUAAUCUCAGAGCUUCUCUCAAAUUUGGUGUUGAUGGGAUUAUAACCAAUCAUCCAGAGAGGCUUUACACAAUAAUUAAAGAACCCAACUUCAGAUUUAAAUACAGAUUAGCCACACAAGAAGACGAUCCAUGGGAAAGACUUCAAUCAGAUCCUGAAGAGAAACCAGCUCCAAGUGCCAAUGACAUGCAACCAGUCAGUUUAAGAGUAGUAACAAGCGCUGCAGAUAUGUUGACAUCAUUUACCAAAUAUUUAAGAGAUUUUGUUUUCCUCCGUUUACCUAUUUAUCAUAAUUCAUCAGUAAGAACAAUAAAAUAAAUUAUAAAUGAAA